GUCUACUUUUCUUAUCCUGCUUCUACCUUUUACACUCUACAGACUCCCAAGUGGUCGCUCCCAACAUGGCAGACUGGCUCAAGUAUUUCCAGAUCGCCAACACCGCUUUUGCUUUCGCCAACGUCCUAGAUCUACCGUCCUUCAUCAAGCAUUUUAUGACAUGCAUUAUCAAUCCAGCGUCUAUCGAUUUGCAGAUUGGCAGUAUGCACACGACCGCUUGUCAGGAGGUCGCCAUGUAUCACAACUCGAUCAAUACGCUGGAAGCGCUCCACGACGAAAAUUUCCGCCCGCUGCGACGUGACUGUCUUGACCAAGAAACCUUGAAGAAGCUGAAGAAGCUGAACGACACACUUGGGUCAAAGAACCAGGAGUCAAAAUCGCUCAAGGUCAAUGUUUUGCUCCUUCAGGAUCUACUCCAAAGUUUCCGCUAUAUUCUCGGGAUCGAGCAGCUUCAGCUGCCUGAGGAGUACCUUAUUGAUUUAAAGCUAGCCUCCAAAGAGCUUGAGUCUGGGGUGAGGUGGCAACAGUCCCCAGAGGGUGGGACUGCUGCGCAGAGAGACCUCGAGUCUUUGGAGCCCAACAACAAUGUUAAGCCCUUAUCGUCAACAUUUUCUACUCGCCUAUGGUUCUACUUUGCAGAGGAUAACAUCUCCAAAACACUUAUGCUCAUUAACAAGCGUAAUAUGGACCUGAGUGAACAGGCCAAGGGGAUUGAGCAGGUAUGGAAAAAGAAGCCGACACCACCACCGACAAGUCCACAAGGCGCAACGUCGCCUCCAAUAGGGGUCAGUAGCGAAAGCACCCCGGGCUUGGACGGUGGGUUUGAGAUGCAGAACCUCGGGUAAAGCAGACGCCCUUGGUUCUACAUCUUACAACCUGGCUUGAAGCAUCUACAUCCAUCCCCCUUCUUCUUUUAUUUCCCCCCCUGUUUUGUCCCUGCCC